CGGACACGUUACCUGUCCUUUCCCCCUGAAACCCGGUUUCCUGAAUUCGCUCCCUCCGAUAUGUUAGGGUCUAAUUCACUGAGAAACUACAAAGUAAACCGAGCGAAGAAACUGUAAACUUCCCCAAAUCUUCCUUCCGACAAGCGAAACGUGGAUAAGAAAGUUUCAUACAGUUUUUACAGAGAUCGAAGGAAACAAGAACCUUGAAGAUGGACGAAGAACACGGUAACGACGGCUUUCUAGACAUGGGAAAAGCUGAUAGAUCGGUAUGGCUAAUGAAGUGUCCCGUGGUGGUAGCCAAGUCAUGGAAGAACCAUGUAGAUUCUUCUUCUGAUUCUCAGCCUGUCGCCAAGGUCGUCUUCUCUCUCGAUCCUCUCAAACCCGAUGAGCCCCAGUUUACUAUGGAGAUGGUUGGGUCCGAGACAGAAAGCAUACCGAAAAGCUACAGUUUGAACAUGUUCAAAGACUUUGUUCCUAUGUCUGUCUUCUCUGAAACAAGUCAAGGUGCGGUUGCAAUGGAAGGAAAGGUUGAGCAUAAAUUUGACAUGAAACCGCAUGCGGAAAACAUAGAGGAAUACGGGAGAUUGUGUCGAGAAAGGACAAAUAAGUCUAUGAUCAAGAACAGGCAAACACAGGUUAUUGAUAAUGAUCGUGGAGUGCUUAUGAGGCCAAUGCCUGGAAUGAUUGGCCUGAUUUCAUCCAACCCCAAGGAUAAGAAGAAACCAAUGCCAGUUAAACAAUCAGAGGUGAAGAGAACCCGAAGGGAUCGAGGGGAACUGGAACAUAUAAUGUUCAAGCUGUUUGAGAGACAACCGAAUUGGACUUUAAAGCAACUUGUGCAAGAGACUGAUCAACCAGCUCAAUUCCUGAAAGAAAUAUUGAACGAGCUCUGCGUGUACAAUAAGAGAGGUGCCAAUCAAGGAAGUUACGAGCUUAAGCCGGAGUAUACAAAAUCUGCAGAGGACACUGCAGAUGAAUAGGUCAGAUAUUGCUGUACUGUAAACUAAAUUUUCUUUUUCUCAUGGCAUUUACUUCAUUUAAUGGGGACAUGUCAGAAACAACCUUAUAGAUAAAACCAGCUUUAGGUUUAGGAAGAAGGAAACUUUUGACAUUGAUGUUCACAUUGUUAUGUAUCUCUAAAUCAUAAUAAAAUUUCGAAGGAGAAUGCGGUAUUUGUAUUA